AUGACUUCAAAAACAGAAGUACUGGGGGACAUAGGAGGCCGAGGUCUGCAUUGGGAUGGGCAACCACCCGUCCCAACAGAGGAACAAGCGAAUUCCUUUGGCAACAACUCGAGCGGCAAUCAAUUGAAACUCUCAAUUGGUUGUGAGGAUGACGAGGAAAGUCUUUCUGAGGAUGAGCUCCGAGAAAGAUAUCGGGCAUGGACAUUGAGUCAGGUUCGACCUGCACCACCGCCAGUGCAACAAGAACAAGCCCAGGAAAUUCGAGUGUUCCAAGCAGAAGAUGAAGAAUUUCUUCCUAUGCCGAGCUCUCUACCCGAGGAUUUUGGAAAUGAGUUGAGCCAACUACUUCGCGAUAACCGCCCACUCUUUCAAACAUUACAUGAUGAUCAUAUAGCGGAAGAGGUUUGGCAACGCAAGCCACCAAAGAUUCUCAACAAGUACUUGUUUGGAGAUGUGAUUGGAGAAGGAAGCUAUGCAAAAGUCAAGGAAGUUGUUCAAGAAGAUACCUUGAUGCGAUGUGCUGUGAAGAUUUACAAAGAUCGUCGCAUUAAAAAGAUCCCAAAUGGCCCGGAAAAUGUGAACAGCGAAAAGGAAAUUAUGAGAAAAGUCAACCAUCCGCAUUGUAUCAAGAUGUUUGAGUUUUUCCGACUUGAGGAAAAGACAAAGCAGUACAUGGUCUUGGAAUUUUGUGUGGCUUCAUUGCAAGAAAUCGUCGAUACUUGGGAGCACAAGCGUUUCACUCCGGAUUGGGCUCAUUAUUUCUUCAGGCAACUUAUUGCGGGUAUUGAGUAUCUCCACGCGUUGAGCAUUGUACAUAAAGAUAUCAAGCCUGCGAAUUUACUUGUCUCGCCGGAAGGGCGCUUGAAAAUCUCGGAUUUUGGAGUGGCUGAGCAGAUGCCGUUGUAUCAGAAUGAUGAUACGUGCACAAAUGUACAAGGAACGCCCAAAUUUCAACCACCAGAAAUCGUCGGAGGUCACAAUCCUACUUACAAAGGGUUUGCUGUCGAUUUAUGGGCUUCCGGAGUCACUCUUUACAAUCUUCUUUCCGGCGAAUAUCCAUUCGAAGGUGAUGUAAUUAUGAAACUCUUCGAGAACAUUUGCUGGCAACCACUUGAAAUGCCGAAGACAAUCGAACUUGAAGAAGAGUCUCAAAACUUGCUGACGGGUUUACUUGAAAAAGACCCAAUGGAACGGCUAAAAAUGGACCAAGUCAAACAUCAUCCAUGGUUUGCAAAAGCUCCAAUCGAGGAAAAAUUUGAUUGGGAGAAGUUUGUGGCUGCAAAAGGCGGAAACUCUUCACGACAAGCGCUUUCCGUUUUCCCAUCUCUUGCACAACUCUACAAUGACCAAGAGCUCGAAUCGCUGGAUGGAGAUGAAGGAGGCAGUGGAGAUAACGAUCUACAAAACCCUUUAGCACCACAAGAAGAGGCACCCACGGCAAGCCGUCAAGAUCAACAACGGCCAAAUCUUGUCGACUCUCCACCCCAAUCGGAACAUAGCGCUUCAGCGUUUUAUCGUGGAUAUACAUUAAACCUUAAAUGGCUAUGCUUGAAUAUCUGUUCUUCAUUAUGGCUCAUGAUGAAUAAAAGCGACAAUUUUACAUACCUCCUUUUUACAAAGUUCUACGAUUGUAUAUUUUUCCAAUACGGAUUGUCCAUUAGC